CUAACCACAAAAUAAUGUCAAUGUCAAUUAGUGUUUUUGUGGAUUUUCUAAAUGUCAACGAAAACCUGACUAAAAAAACUGUUUUAAUUAAAAUGUAGGUGAUUCAGAAGUGUUCUGGAUUCGAAAAUGGUUCAAACUAGUUAUACGUGCGAGCGUCCAUGCCACUGUUCCGUUUAGCUGGUGCUGAUAGUGUUUUCCCAUCAUGUUCAGCAAGAAAAGUCUGGUCGACAUCAAGAAAUCCACUGCGAAGCUACAAGACCCCAAAAAGGACGUUCCUACUCGAAUAAAGCAUUUGAAAUUAAUAUUGGAUAAUGUGGAUACCGCAGAGGCCAAGGGGCUCUUCGAAGCCAAUUUCAGCCACAUCUAUAGCAUUCUCUAUGAUAGUUUCCUUCAAAUGGAAACGAAUCUCCGUCAGAGAGAACUGUCUUUUCAUUUGGUCCACAAGGCUCAUAAGGAAGAGCUCGAUUGCACUCUGUGGAUUUUAGAGCAAGUGAUCUGCCUGUUGCCGGAACUCAUCCAUAGAAGAUGGCAGUUGCAUUCGCUGGGCCGAAUGUUGGCCAAACUGCUGCAUACAGGCAACUCUAUGCGCCUAAGAAGACUUGGAAUUAAGUACUUUCUCAUGUGGUACCAAGCGCUGAACGAGAAUGCUCCUGAAUACGUGCAUAAAAUGUUUGCCUCUCUGGUUCCCGGCUUCCAUAAUCAACUGAUUGUGGCGUCUCAUACGACUGCAAGUGUGUUUCAUGAUAACCAACACCCGAUUAGUGCUCCGGAAAUGUUGCCUAUUCUACCACCUUCCAGCGGCGAAAAGGCGCCAGAUCACCCCGGCAGGUUUUAUUUGGAGUCGUUACUAGAUCAUAUGGUUCACACCGUGAUCAAGCUGGAAUGGCAGGACAAAUCCGCGUACCAUCAUCGAUGCUUCAGCUUUCUGCUCGAACAAUUCAAAGCGUAUUACCUGCCGAAGAUCUGCCCGGGGUUCAAUACCACUACCUCACUCUAUAGGCCUAUUCUGGAUUUGCCGGUGUUGCGCAAAAUGGAAAAUGAAACCGAGUUUAUGUUUUGUCGCGUGUCGCUGAUUUUAUGGGUCACAAACUACAUGCACCAGACGAAGCGAGAGCAUCAUGGUCCGAAUCAAGGACCUCAGAGCCACCAUAGUAUUCCUGGGAGCGCCGCUCAUGAGGAGGACACUGAUUCCGCUCAUCCCAGCUUGGAUUCAAAUAUCUCCAUCCAAACCAAUAAAACCGCAACAGAUGAAGAAUUGGCGAAUCAAAUCGUUCGGGAUGUUUUGUGCUCCACUCGCGACAACGUGAACUUCAGCCAUGAGAUAUUCAGACAGGCUUUCUUGCUCAAUUUCAGCCAUGUGAUAGCCAUCAGGAAAAUCAUCUUGGUCUAUAAGGAUCUUAUCCAGAGCAAUUUGGCUGAAUUGCCCAUCUAUGCAUUGGAGCCUCCGGAUGAAAUGGCCAAGAACCAUCAUGAUCCGGAUGGUAGAAGUGGGCGGUUGAGGAACGAUUCCUAUUUGGGCGCCAUUCAACAGGAAAACCUGCUGGUCAGGGCUGGACUUCAGAAUCUCUAUCAACUGUUCAUGACCCAUGCGGCCAAUGUUUUCCUGUUGGAAGUGAAUCCGAAUAUCCCCCGGCUGCUCGAAGAGCAGACGGACGCUUGUAAACGAAUCCUGAAUAUCUACAGAUACAUGGUUAUGAACGUGAGGAUGGACAGCAACACAUGGGAGCAGCUGCUGUUGGUGCUGCUCCAAAUCACGUCUUUGGUGCUGGGCGAAACGCCGCCAAAGAAGAAAAUCCUUACCCUAGGAGGAAAGUUGGCUCCUGCCAUAUUCCAAACGCUCAUUGUAACGUGGAUUAAGGCCAAUUUGAACGUGGCUAUAUCCAGGGAGCUUUGGGACAGAUUCUUGCACGUACUCACCUCUCUGACGAAUUGGGAGGAACUCAUCAAGGAAUGGGCGAAAACUAUGGAGACCUUAACCAGAGUCCUGGCCAGGCAUGUGUACAAUCUGGACCUGAAUAAUUUGCCCCUGGAUAGACUGAAUGAGCAGAAAUCGAAGCGGACCAGGAGAAUUGUGGCGCGACCGGAAAAUAUCACUUCAUCAGCUUCGGGAAGUUCGCAAUUGCACCAACCAGUCUUGCGUCAAGACUCUUCAAUGCCCGAUGGGAAUAUUUUUUCAUCCAAGCGACUGAAAUCCGGAUUGGCUAGAAGUUACAGCGAAACAAGCAUCAAUAUGAAACCCCGAACCGUUGUGAAACGACCUUAUACCAAACAUAGGCGAUCGAAGUCCUUGGAAUUGCUGCCUCCGCCCGAUACCGAAUCCACUGAUCGAACCCGAUCUCCUUCACCAGCUCCGUCCAGCGGUAUCGAAAGCAGCUCUAUUAAGGAUUCUCCUAUUCAGUUGGAUGUUUUAGCUGAAAAUCAUACGGGGGAACCAUUGGGAGAACAUCGGGGUGUGGUGUGCGGAGGUUCCAUACGAGGCUGGCUACCCGAUGUGGCAGUGAUUUUGUGGAAACGAAUGUUAGGGGCCCUAGGAGACGUGAACCAGAUCUCCAAUCCCAAGUUGCACGCUCAAGUAUUCGAAUAUCUGAUCAAACUGACUGACACGUUGAUUAAAAUCAAGCAUAAUCAAGGAGUGUCUCUGGAUAACUUAAGCACGCCGCAUGCUCCAGAGCUGGUUCCUCCAUUGACCCUAAUUUUGCCCUGGUGUUUUGGGGCUCUGUGCCUGCCCGAGACGUACGAAACGGGGAAACUGAACGCGCUGCGGCUGUUGAUUUCCGUGAUGUUGAACUGCAACUCCAAGUAUCGCACUUGUCUUUCGCAGUUUUAUUGCUUUAUUCAUUCUGCGUUAACUGGCUCGAGUAAAUCGACGAAAAACACCUCGAUAAAGUACUUGGGGCCACGUUUUUUGUCACUGCAGUUGCCCGGAUCCACUUUACUGUUGCUGGAUAUUGUGCACGCUUGCGACGACAUUCUGAACACGUCUGAAAAGGCCGAAUUGAUACCCAGAACUGAAGCGAUUUCUGUGCUUACUAAUCUACUGAGCUUACCGGACGAUCUGAGUUCGGUAUCAGUGCUACAGCCGGAAUCUAAUGUUUCUGUCUUGAACAGUUGCCCGGAUAUUAAGGAACAUGUUGUGCGUAUCUUGCUGCGAGCUGGAAAGAGAGAACCUUCAGGAAAAGCCCGAUGCAUCGCUCUAUCUGGUUUAGGAAUAUUCGUGUAUAAGGAACUGACCAACCAUACAUUCCAUCCGAAUAUUGUCGAGGCACUUAACGUUCUUCUAUCAGCGCUCAAGUUUAGCAAUAAAAUGAUCGCGCAAUUGACCAGCGACAUUCUGUUUCUACUUUGCGACCAUGCAGGGCUUCUGUGGACUCGAUAUCCACGCUUAGGAAAUGGCGUUAUUAGCGAAUUGUGUAAUGCCCUGAAUAGACAUGCUCCAUUGGGGCCGUCAGCUUCAGAAACUGAUAGAGCUUUGAGUAGAGCGCUACUUCUUUGUCUGGGUGAAUGGUGCAUGAGACUGGGACCUGCCAAGUUACUAGAACCGAACGAGUAUGGCGAAAAUCGCGGCAGUUGCCUUUUGUUGGAAGUUUUCAAGGUAUUGCACAAGAUAAUAACAGGCACAGCUUGCGAAGCCCCGCACAGCAGACUUGCCAGACUUGGAGCGUCUGACGACUUUGAUCCGAACAUUUCUUCGGAGGAUUUACCUGAGUCUUUGCCGGUCAAAAGUCCAGGCAAAAACGUCCAAUUCCAAAAAGCCGUCACGUUGUGCGCUGAAACCGUGCUGGCGCACUUGGUGAACCAUCUGGGACAUUUCCCCAUGGCGAUUGGAGCGGCGCGCUUAAGCUCCCUGGUAGCCGAACAUGACGACGUUCCGAACUUGUCUUCGGAUGAUCUGUCCAAUGUGAUUUUUUCCGUUCCUAAUAUUCAGCUGUUUAUUCUUACCAAAAAUAUCAUCGCCAGCCUGAUAGAGCUGCCGACGUUAGAUUCGCCCGGAGGUGGAGCCACGGCCGGUCUAGUCACUGCAGAAGAGCAAGUCCGAGUCCUGCUCAGAGACAUGUCUGGAAAAUCCAGCUGGGACGCUUCGAUCUUGUAUAGAACGCCCGAAAGUGUGCAGGAAGAGGACUCCGGUCUGCCAGAAUCGUUCGGAUUGAGCAGCCCAGCGGCCAAUCCGGAACCGGAAAGUCUUAUGUCCACAGUGUGGGUGACUCAGAAUCUACCGCAAAGAGCCAUCAGACAUCGGCCUCCCAACGUCUUACCGGAAGUGUCGAAUGCUGCUCCCGAUCUGGACCAGUUGGAUGAUCUGCUUCAAUAUCUGGGUCACACCAGUCCGGAGUGUUUGGAGUCGCCCAAUAUCAAGCUGAAUGAGCCGGCCGCUCCGCCUCUUUUUCUAGAGCUAGAGCAGGAAGUGAUUGCUUCCGUGAUCAGUCAGCGAAAUGUUGAAAUCGAAGAGGCGCGCUUGGUUCAGCAUUCUUCCUACAUGCUGGGAACCCCCGCAAGAAAGCCGAGAAGACGGGCAGCGAGAAGAAGCUGCUCUAGUUUGGAGUCGACUCCUCAUCAACCAGGGCCGUUUGGAAGCAUAGAAGAAAACGCUUUCCAGCAAUGUCGGCUGCUGUUUUCCCAACUGGGUUUAUCUGGAUGGGAUCGCCGGAAACAAAUCCACCUUCUAGACAAAAACGAUCGUCUCUUAAGGGAGCUGAGGAAUUUGGACAAUCAGAGUUGCAGGGAGACUCACAAGUUUGCCGUCAUUUACGUGGCUCCAGGGCAGGAAGACAAAAAUUCGAUUUUAUCCAAUCAGAGCGGCAGUGUGGCGUAUGAACAGUUUCUAGCCGGUUUGGCUUGGGAAAUCGAGCUGGAAUAUCACACGGGGUUUUUGGGCGGGUUGCAGAAACAGGGCUCCAAUGGCAUGACCGCUCCUUAUGUUGCUACCAGUUUUAUGGAGGCGAUCUUCCACGUAGCCACUAGAAUGCCGGGUGAUAGCCCGGAAGCUGUACUUAGCAAGACAAGGCAUUUGGGGAAUGAUGAGGUUCACAUUGUGUGGUCCGAGCACAAUCGGGACUACCGAAGGGACAUCAUUCCCACCGAGUUCUGUGAUAUUUUAAUAGUGAUCUAUCCAUUGGGAAACCACUUGAAUCGAGUUACUGUUAACUGCAAAGCUGAUGUCCCAUGUUUCGGUGUUUUAUAUAAUGAGUCGAUCAUUGAGGACCACGUGUUGGCGGGCCUGGUAAGGGCGACCGCUGUAUGUGCCAGCAGGGCAAAACGGAUGACUUACCAAUUUUAUCAACAGUAUUACGAAGAACGUGCUCGAUCGUUGGAGACAGUCGUAACGAAACAUAAAUACAGUGCCACAUUUGAGGAAUUCAUCUCCAAAGUGUACAGUCCCGUGCCUACAGCUAGUCCCUUUUAUCGUUCUGGGUCCUCAAGCGUUUCCUGUUCAGAUGGCGCCUCUUGCAGCAAUAAUUCGUCCACUCUUGCGGCUGCUUUGCUUGAUUCCUCUCACGGACAUUCGCAUAAAGGCGCCAGAAUCGACCAGAAGUUUCGAGUGUCUGCUAACGAACCGUCCAGAAACAGCACGCUGUUGAACCACACCGAUACCCAAACCGUUGUAGAGUCGAGCAUAUCGCCCAGGGCUCUUAAGAAAUUGGGCUCAAACUUGAAAAAUGCUAAAAAGUCCCAAAAACAGGAGCAUUUCGAGUCGCCCCCUGAAAGCCCCAUACAAAUGACUAAGAGAAAAUGAAGGUAGGCCUUAGUCAAGCAAUGAAUCUGGUCUGAUUAUUCGAAUAUUUCGAAUCUUUACUUUAUGUAAAAAGAUGUAAAAUAGUUUAAAAUGAGCAGUUAGUGUAUAGCAAGCAGUAUAUGAUUAUUCACUUCGUCACUAACAAGUACGAUCGAUCUUCGGCUCUGAGGUGUUAAACCACAAUUUAAUGGGUGAAAGUCGGGCCUGUUAUGUUCUGAGCACUAAGUCCACACUAAGAGAUUAACUAAUAGCAAGGUUCCUUUAGGAACCUUAACUUAAUGUACAAUAUAUUUUGUUACACACAUUUUUUUAUUUAUAUACGUUGUAAUGAUGUUGUAGUCCAUACGUGAUAAACUUUAAAACCUACUUAGUUUCCGAUUAAUGACUGUUUAUAAUAGAUUUUUUAUUUGUUUAAAAAUAUUCUCUAUAUUUUCUUAAUAUUGUCGUUAUUUAUUAACUAUUUAUUUGUUAGUUGCGUUAAUUCGUGCAUUUAUUAUACUAAGGUUGUGUUUAUGGGGUAAAUCUAAGUGUCAGUAUUAAGACUGCGUUUGGAUAGUGUGUGAUCGCUUAUCUCCAAUAUUUGUGUAAUUUUUUUUAAAUUUAAAUUUAAUUUUCACCGAAUUGUACACGUGUGUUUUUCCAAUUAUGGUUGCAGGAAUAUACGGGUGGUUUCUUUACUAUUUUAACCGAAGAAUUGGGGUUUUCUUGCAUCAAAUUGAGACACGUUUACCAGCUUGUGUCCAGAACUGUUUUCGUUCUUUUUUCCCUGCUGUGCAAGUGCAUUCUUGUGGAGUUUACACAUUGAUUGGAACUGAAAUGAACAGUUAAACACUUCGUGCUUUUGCCAUGCUACAAAUAUCGUCCAAACUUGACUGCGCUUUAAAACCGCUUUAGUUCGGACAGAAUUGUAAAUUCUCAAUAGUGUUUUUUAGUUUUUGCCAAACGAAGCAUGUCCAGCCACAAGCUGAUAGCAACCAAAUUUCGUAUUUUCACGCAGGAAGACUCUUCUUCAUACAUUAAAACCCUGUGUAAACCAUACUUGCUCUUGCUAGUAACAGUAUUAAUACCUAUUUUUAAUCAUAAGAAUGAACCGUACUUAUUUAACUCCAUUUAAUAAACUCUUUUCACGAAA